CCGUUCCCCAAGUCUGGCUUAUCCCAAUUCCCCACCGUCCUAAUUUCUUGUAUAAAACCAUGCAAAAUUGAGCCCAUUUUGGAUGUGCACCUGCAACAACUUCCAACACAUUCAUCCAUGGAGGCUAACACAAUUACAUGGCUCUCUCUCUCGCUUCUCUUCACUCUUAGUCUUAUUUACAAACUCAGAAAACAAAGCCCCAGAAGGUGUCCACCCAGCCCACCAUCGCUUCCUCUCAUCGGCCACCUUCAUCUCCUCAAACAACCUUUCCACAGAGUGCUGCAGGAUCUCUCCGACAAACACGGUCCAAUUUUAUCCCUUUCAAUCGGUUCCCGUCCCAUGGUGGUUAUUUCCUCCCCGACCGCUGUCCGCGAGUGCUUUACCAAAAACGACAUCGCCUUCGCCAACCGCCCUCGCUUGCUUUCUGGGAAGUACAUGAACUACAACUACACCGGUGUGGCUGUUGCCUCCUACGGCCACCACUGGCGCAACAUGCGCCGCAUAGCCACCACAGAGCUACUCUCCAACCACCGCCUAAACGCGUAUCUCAAUAUCCGAGUGCAAGAGCUCAAAUUAUGGGUCAAGAAUUUGUACGGCGAGACAGGGGAAAGUAGUGAUUUUGUUCGCUUGGAGAUGCAGUCCAAAUUGAACGAGCUUUCUUUUAAUACUGUUAUGAGGAUGGUGAGUGGGAAACGUUACUUUGGUGUAGAUGUUGAGGAUGUUGAGGAAGCUAGGGAGUUUAGGGAGAUCAUGAAGGAGCUUCUUCACUUAAGUGGGGCGUCGAAUCCAGCUGAUUUUUUGCCCAUUUUGAGACUCUUUGAUUAUCAAGGACUUGAGAAGAGGAUGGUGAAAGCCAGUGGUCGAGCUGAUUUAUUCCUACAAAAUCUGAUUGAUUGCGAGCGGGAAAGGCGAGCUUCUCGUUGGCCGGAGGAAAAACAUGGAAACAAGACCAUGAUUCAGAGCCUGCUAUCCUUCCAAGAAUCUCAACCUCAAUAUUACUCCGACGAUAUCAUCAAGGGUCAUGUUCUGACGAUGUUGGCUGCGGGUACUGAUACAACUACAGGAACAAUAGAAUGGGCGAUGUCGCUGCUUCUGAAUCAUCCCACGAUAAUGGAUAAAGCUUGGAGCGAGAUAAGAGAGUGCGUUGGGGAGAGUCGGCUGGUGGAGGAAGGCGAUGUUAGCAGCCUAAAAUACGUGGAAGCCAUAAUCUACGAGACUCUUCGACUGUUUCCAGUAGCUCCUCUGUUGGUGCCACACGAAUCCUCUGAAGAGUGUAGAAUUGAAGGAUUUGACAUACCCAAAGGCACGAUGCUAUUGGUGAAUGCAUGGGCCAUCCAUAGGGACCCUCAACUGUGGGAGGAUCCCACUAGCUUCCGACCUGAGAGGUUUCUGAAUUGGGAAGCUGCCGAGUCCCACAAAUGGGUGCCGUUUGGAGUGGGGAGGAGGGCUUGUCCUGGGGUUGCCCUCGCCCACCGUGUCGUGGGCUUGACAUUGGCCACUUUGAUUCAGUGCUUUGAGUGGCAGAGAGUUGGCGAAGAGCCCAUAGACUUGUCCGAGGGAACUGGAAUCACUAUGCCCAAAGCCAUACCUCUGGUGGCAAUGUGCAGAGCCCGUAGCUCCAUGCUUCAUUUACUCUCUCCGCUUUGAUUUUACAACGUGGCUACUUCAAAAUA